AUGAACGUGUGGAAAAUAGUUGGUGGUGUUUUGGGGGGAGCUCUGAUUUUGGCCAUUGGAUUACUCAUUGGACACUUUGGCAUCCCAAAGACCUCCGAGACACCAUCAUGGGUUGAAGACCUUUCUAACGAUGUCGAUGAAGCUUUCAUUCAGGAAUUCAUGAAAGAAGUAAGCAGUAAUAACAUCAGGGAACAUCUGAGGAAACUCAGUGCGAAGCCUCAUAUGGCCACAACCAAGGGGGAUGAAGACUUAGUGAAGAUGAUCCUAAAUCAAUGGAAGGAUCCAACAUUUGGCCUUGACGAUGCUAAGGAGGAAAGAUACGAUGUCUAUCUAUCCUUCCCUAAAGCAGACCAGCCCAACAAUGUCCGAGUUGCUAAUGCAACACUAAGAGCUCAAGGGACGCCGCCGGUUCAGAAUGUUAUUUUCACUGCUGCAAAACAGGUGCAAACACCAGUCAGCUCUUCCCUGAGUGUCUACGACAACUGGAUCCGUCAUUUCAAUCGAACCAGCACAAUCUAUAAUGGACUGAUACCUCAGUUGGGAACACUUGGUGCAGGCAGUGACUACGCCCCAUUCCUUCACUAUUUGGGCAUCAGUUGCAUGGACCUGGCAUACACCUACGACAGGAGCAAGACAUCUGCCCGUAUCUAUCCAGCUUAUCACACUGCUUUUGACACGUUUGAUUAUACAGAUAAGCAUAUUGAUCCAGGAUUUACCAGUCAUCAAGCAGUGGCCCGCACGGCUGGUAAUGUUCUACUGCGACUUGCAGACAGUCUCAUCCUUCCACUUGGGCCAAGAGAUUACUCAGAAACAUUGGAAAACUACUACAAGACUGCUGAAACACAGUUUUCUGCCGAGCUUACAACCAGAGGCAUCUCUUUGGUGCCAUUGAAGAAUGCAAUUGCAAGAUACCAGAAAUUUUCUGAUGAGCUCGACAAGACAAUUUCAGAGCUGAAGGAUGCAGAAAAGACGACACCACUUAGAGUUCGAAUGAUCAAUGACCAACUAAUGCUGCUGGAGCGGGCGUUCAUCAAUCAUUUUGCCUUCCCGGAUAAACUUUAUUACAGUCAUGUGAUCUGGGCAUCCCGGAGUUCCAGUGUUGUCACCUUCCCAGGAAUAGCAGAUGCUUAUGCCAAGGCAACUUCCACAAGACUGCAAAAGGACUGGGACCAGGUUCACCACCAUAUUACUGUGGCUGCUACAGCGGUGGAUAACGCGGCAUCAACUUUGGAAGCUGCUGCAUCCGUUUAAGAAUAAGACUGAGACCUCAGUCACACAUGGAGGCAGAUUUACUAAUCCUGUACUCAGUAUAAACUUAAACUGUUUAGAUCUGCAACAAAAGAGUAUACUUUUUUUUAUGUUUAUACAACCUAUUGGUUGGUUUACUUUAUUUUAUUUUACUUUUUGACUGUGUUUUUGGCUUGCAA